ACUCGACAAUUUGUUCUUCCACGAGCACUGCUGGUUUGCGGGCGACCGGUGUGUGUUCGUAGACGUCUGACAUGUCUGUGAGGGAGCAAGAGAAGGAAGGCGCCUCUCUGGGAGACACUUCUCUUAAAGAGGAGCUCAAUAAGAAGAUCAAGGAGCAGAAGGUGGUGGUGGACGAGCUGAGCAACCUGAAGAAAAACAGGAGGGUUUACGUGCAGCAGCCCAACAGCAACAUCUUCUUUUUGGCAGACAAAGCAGAGACUUUAGGUUCAUGCAGGAGAACUUUGGACAACAUGAAGAAGGAGUACCAGGACCUGUAAAAUUGUCUGAAUGACAGUGCACUAGCAGUAAGAUCAAUAUUAGCUAUAUAUCAAAAAAUGUGUGGCAUCUGCUGCGU